AGUUCGUGUAUAGUUAUCAUUUAAAUGUCAUUUCAUAUUUUUUUUUGUGUGAAAAUAAAUUUUUUUCAAGUGACAAAAUUUUUGAUGUUCAGUCAUAAUUUUUAUUUAUUAAAGUUUGUUAUAAAUUGAAUGAAAUUUAAAAAGUUCACGACAAAUUAUUCAAAAAUAAUUAAAUAAUGAAAAAAAUGGUUUAUAUUAGUGUAGGAAUAUUUGGAUUGGGAUUUUUUAUUUUAGUAAUUGGAUUAUCAGUAGGAUUAAGUACAACUCCAUUUAAGGGUAGUGAUGUAUUAAAUUUCGCGCCAUUAAUUGACGGACACAAUGAUUUGCCAUGGAAUAUUUAUAAUAAAUUAGCUAAUAAUUUAAGUGCAUUAAAUUUCGAUACUGAUCUUAGAAAUGAUCCACUAAUGGGUAUUAAAUCAUGCAAUACUUGUUACACCGAUCUUCCUCGUUUAUCUGCUGGUAAAGUUGGUGGUCAAUUUUGGGUGGCUUACACGUCUUGUGAAUCACAAUACAAAGAUGCUGUUCAAUUAACAUUAAGACAAAUUGAUGUAAUUAAAAGAUUGAUUAAUAAAUAUCCAUCUAAAUUAGAAUUUGUUACGGAUGCUGGGGAUAUUGAGAGGGUAUGGAAAAAUGGUAAAAUAGCAUCGAUGAUUGGCAUUGAAAGUGGGCAUGCUAUUGAUUCAAGUCUUGCUGUUUUGAGACUUUAUCAUGAACUUGGAGUGCGUUACAUAACACUUACACACACUUGUAAUACCCCAUGGGCUGAUGCGUCAACUGUCAAUAAUUCUUCUGUUUACAAUCUCACAUUAUUUGGACAAGAAGUUAUUAAAGAAAUGAACAGAUUAGGUAUUAUGAUAGAUUUAUCUCAUGUUUCUCAUAACGUUAUGCGAAAUGUUUUAGCAGUAACACAAGCUCCAAUUAUUUUUUCCCACUCAUCGGCAUUUGAAAUAUGUAAUCACUUUCGUAAUGUACCAGACGAUGUUCUUCAUUUAGUUAAAAAAAACAACGGAGUUGUUAUGGUUAAUUUUUAUAAUUUAUUUGUUAAUUGUAACCGAUCUAAAGAGACAACAAUCGAUGAUGUCGUAGCACACAUAAACCAUAUAAGAAAUUUGAUUGGAGUUGACCACGUGGGUAUUGGAAGUGAUUUUGACGGAGUCGAUGAGACCCCAAAAGGUUUAGAAGACGUGUCCAAGUAUCCAGAAUUAUUUGACAGACUCUAUGAGCCCAAAGAAGACGCGCCAACUUGGACACGGUUAGAUUUAGAAAAACUCGCGGGAAGAAAUUUAAUUCGGGUGUUCGAAGACGUCGAAAAAAUUCGUGAUUCAUUAAAAUCUCAACUACCAAGCGAUAUGAUAAUCGAUGUCCAUGACUUGGAAAUCGCGCAAAAAAAUGAAAGAUUAACUCCGGGAGCUUGUCAAACUGCAAAUGAGUGGAAAAAAGUUCCAUAAACAUUUUCUAAUAUUUAUAGAUAUUUGUUACGUGUAUUUUAAAAAAAGUUGUCAAUAAAAAAUUUAAAAAAAAACAUUACAAAAUUUUUUUUGACGUUUAUUUGUCGGUAACUGACUCAGUAGUUUUCCGUAACAAAGCAGUUAAAAUAAAAUAAAAAAAAGUAAAAGCGUAAAUAUAUUUGAUAAUAAAAUAUAAAUCCUUGAUAAGAUCGUCAGUAUUUUUCCAAUGAUCUCGUGCCAGAUGAUUGAAUUUAAAUUGAAUAAUAAUUUGCGCAAUCACGAAGAUCAUUACUGACAAUUCAAAACCGGAAGGUCAAAUUGAGAAAGUGGAAGUAUGAGCACGCGAAUUUAAAUUCGCAUUAUGAUUUUGAUUACUGUCGCGCUUCCUCAUGACGAUUGUUACGUUUUGUUAGUGAUCUAGUGUAUCGUAGAUUUAAUUUAAAAUUUCUUUAUACUUUUAAUUAUUUAAUUUAAACUCAGAAAAUGAAAUUACUCAAGUGUUCAGAUAUUUAGUUACUUAUGUUAAUUAUACAUCUUUGCCAAUGGA